UGUACAUAGAAGACAAUGACAUUAUUUAUUGGUAUUAUCUACAGAUUAUGAAUUUUUUUAUAGCAUUCAUCGUAGGCUCCAACCACAAUCUCCGGCCGGCACUGAUUUUUCAGUCUUUUACUUGGAAAAAGAGAGGUGAUACUCCACUAUUACUUUUCUCCUUCCUCAUCUUCUCUCCACCUCUCCAACUCCAAUCCAUCACCUGUUUUCUCCAUGGAUUGUGUAAGCCCCAUCCUGGAUGUCGCCACUCGCUUGUGGGAUUGCACUGCUAAGCGUGCUGUUUACAUCCGUCAUCUCCCACAAAAUCUCAACUCUUUGAGAACUGAAAUGGAGGAACUCAAGAACCUGUACGAAGAUGUGAAGGAAAGGGUGGAACGUGAAGAGAAACGUCAGAAGAAGCGUCUUCGUGUAGUUGAUGGCUGGCUCCGCGGAGUAGAAGCCAUGGAAAAAGAAGUGCAGGAAAUAUUGGCAAAAGGUGAUGAAGAAAUCCAGAAGAAAUGUCUCGGAACCUGUUGUCCUAAAAACUGUGGCGCUAGCUAUAAGCUUGGCAAGAUGGUACUUGAAAAGAUGGAUGCUGUGACGGUAAAGAAGAGGGAGGGCUCAAAUUUCAGUGUAGUUGCUGAACCUUUGCCUAUUCCUCCCGUGAUCGAGAGGCAGCUGGACAAGACUGUGGGCCAAGAUUUGUUGUUUGGGAAGGUCUGGAAAUGGCUCCAAGAUGAUGGAGAGAAGGUAAGCAGUAUCGGAUUAUAUGGAAUGGGGGGUGUGGGCAAAACCACCCUCUUGACCAGGACCAACAAUGAGCUCCACAAAACCAGGGUUGAAUUUGAUGCAGUGAUUUGGGUGACUGUGUCCAGACCAGCCAAUGUGGAAAAGGUUCAGCAAGUUCUUUUCAAUAAAUUGGAGAUUCCCAAAGAUAAAUGGGAAGGUAGGAGUGAGGAUGAAAGGGCAGAAGAAAUAUUCAAUGUCCUGAAGACAAAGAAAUUUGUGCUCUUGUUAGAUGACAUAUGGGAGCGGCUGGAUCUAUCCAAAGUUGGUAUUCCUCCUCUGAAUCAUCAAGAUAAGUUGAAGAUGGUAUUUACAACGCGAUCUAAACAAGUAUGCCAAAAGAUGGAAGCUACCAAGAGCAUUGAAGUGAAUUGCCUCCCAUGGGAGGAUGCUUUUGCUCUGUUUCAGACCAAGGUAGGAGCAGACACUAUAAGUUCUCAUCCAGAUAUACCAAAGCUGGCGGAGAUGGUUGCCAAAGAGUGUGACGGCUUACCACUUGCCCUCAUCACCACAGGGCGAGCAAUGGCGGGAGCAAAAACACCCGAGGAAUGGGAGAAAAAAAUACAAAUGUUGAAGAAUUAUCCAGCAAAGUUUCCAGGUACAGAGGAGGAUUUGUUUCGAGUAUUAGCAAUCAGUUAUGAUAGCCUGCCCGAUGAAGCCAUCAAAUCGUGUUUCCUAUAUUGCUCUUUAUUUCCGGAGGAUUAUGAAAUCUCUCAUCGAAAACUUAUACAACUUUGGAUCGGGGAGGGUUUUCUGGAUGAAUAUGACAACAUACAAGAAGCAAGAAAUCAAGGAGAAGAAGUUAUUAAAAGUUUACAGCUUGCAUGUUUAUUGGAAAAUGUCAUAUCUCCCGUAAAUGAAGAAGGUGAAAAAGACGAAUAUUUGAAGAUGCAUGAUGUUAUUCGUGAUAUGGCUUUGUGGUUGGCUGGCGAAAACGGGAAGAAGAAGAACAAAUUUGUGGUAAAAGAUGGAGUUGAAUCGAUUAGAGCUCAGGAAGUUGAAAAAUGGAAAAAGACACAAAGGAUAUCAUUGUGGGAUUCCAACAUUGAAGAACUCAGGGAACCACCAUAUUUCCCUAAUAUGGAGACCUUUUUGGCAUCAUGUAAGUUUAUUCGAUUCUUUCCAAAUAGAUUCUUUCCAAAUAGAUUCUUUACAAACAUGCCUAUCAUAAGAGUUUUGGACUUGUCAAACAAUUUUGAACUUAAGGAGUUACCUGAGGAGAUUGGAGACUUAGUUACCUUGCAAUAUCUUAAUUUGUCGAGGACAAGUAUUCAAUACUUACCUAUGGAGCUCAAGAACUUGAAAAAAUUAAGGUGCUUGAUAUUGAAAAAUAUGUAUUUUCUUAAGCCACUUCCAUCUCAAAUGGUAUCGAGUCUUUCCUCUUUGCAAUUGUUUAGUAGUUAUGACACUGCAAACUCAUACUAUAUGGGAGAUUAUGAAAGAAGGUUAUUAGAAGAGUUAGAGCAGUUGGAACACAUUGAUGAUAUAUCCAUCGACCUUACAAAUGUAUCAUCCAUCCAAACAUUAUUAAACUCCCACAAGUUGCAAAGAUCCAUAAGAUGGCUACAAUUAGCUUGUGAGCAUGUGAAACUGGUCCAACUAUCCCUUUAUAUAGAGACACUCCGUAUUAUAAAUUGUUUUGAAUUGCAAGAUGUGAAAAUCAAUUUUGAAAAGGAAGUGGUGGUCUACUCAAAAUUCCCAAGGCACCAAUGCUUGAACAACCUUUGUGAUGUCUACAUAUCUGGAUGUGGUGAACUGUUGAAUUUGACAUGGCUUAUUUUUGCUCCAAGCCUUCAAUUUCUAAGUGUUUCAGCAUGUGAAUCAAUGGAAAAAGUGAUAGAUGAUGAAAGGAGUGAAAUAUUAGAAAUUGCAGUAGAUCAUUUGGGCGUAUUCUCGAGACUCAGAUCUCUCGCUUUGUUUUGUUUACCAGAGCUAAGAAGUAUACAUGGACGUGCCCUAACUUUUCCAUCUUUAAGAUACAUCUGUGUGUUUCAAUGUCCAAGUUUGAGGAAGCUGCCAUUUGAUUCCAAUAUUGGAGUGAGCAAGAAAUUGGAGAAAAUCAAGGGAGAACAAGAAUGGUGGGAUGAAUUGGAGUGGGAGGAUCAAACCAUUAUGCACAAACUCACUCCAUAUUUUCAAUCCGAUUCGUCUCAUUACAAUUUCUCUCUGAUUUCUCACUGUACAUACUUCAUUAGAUUCGUUCGCACUUCGGAGUGGGAGGAUCAAACCAUUAUGCACAACUGCCAGGAAACAUAUUCGUUGCAAAUAACAACUAUGUCGACGAUAAAAAUUGCUCCCGACCUAGGGGUCUCCAACGGGCGGGCCGGGCCGGGCCAGGGAAAAAUCUUCGGCCCACGGGCUGGGCGGGGCGGGCUGGGGGCGGGCAGCGGGCCGGGCCAGCGGGCCGGGCUGGGGGCGGGCUGGCGGGCCAAGCCUUGGGCUUUUUUAAAUAAGCCAAAAUGGCUUUAGAAAUGAAUGGAGAGGGGGGGAUUCGAACCCCUCCCCUCAUGGUUCAAAGUAAAGGCUCUAACCAACUGAGCCACAUUACUUUUGUGUUAAAUGUUAGAGUUAGUUAUAUAUAUAUAACAUAAAGUAUAUUAUUUUUUUAAAAAAAAUUAAAGGCUCCAACGGUCAUGUGACCGUUGGAGCUCCAAUCCAUGCUCCUAGCUGCCAUGUGACCGUUGGGCAACGGUCACAUGGCCAAUUUUUUUUUUUUUUUUUUUUUUUUUUUUAAAAAAAAAACCUUCCUAUAAAUACAUCUUCUCCCUUUUCAUUUUUUCAUCAAAUUCUCUCUAUUUCUCUCUCUAUUUCUCUCACAUUCUACAAUAUUUCAAAUUCUUUUAUUUUUCCCUCAAAUUAUACAAUAUUGUUGGUGGUGCAAAACAAGCAUUGGUGGCUCCAAGAGUUCAAAUUUGCUAGGAAUUUCUGCAUCGGUUCUCUAAUUGAGUAACAUACUUCACCCCUACUACUUUAUUUUUUUGUUACAUUUUUUUUUAUAUUUAUUACUUUAUUAUUUUUGGCAUAAUAUUUUAUCAAUAAUUAUAAUAUGAUAACAAGUGCUUCUUCAUCUAGUCCAUGUGAUGAAAUAUCAUCAAACAAAAAAUUUACUUCAAAUAUAUGGAAUUUUUUUGAUAGAGUAGAAAUAAUUUUAGAAAAUAAUAAAAAAGAAAUAAAAGCAAAAUGUAAAAUUUGUAAUAAAUUUCUUACUGGUGGCUCAAAUGCAGGCACAAGUCAUUUAAAAAGACAUCACGAAAAUUGUAAAACUAAAAAUAAUGUAGAUAUUAGAAAUUAUAUGCAAUUAGGUAAAAAUGAAAGUGGAAAUUUAAAAACAUUUUCUUAUGAUGAAUCUAACUGUCGUGAAGAAAUGAUUGAUUAUAUAAUAAGAGCAGAACAACCUUUUAACAUGAUGGAAACUCAUGAUUUUGUAGGAACAAUUCAACGAGGUAUUAAUCCUCAAUUUAAAGGUUGGUCUGGAAAUAUAGUUAAAAGAGAUAUUAUGAAAAAAUUUUAUACAUAAAAAGAAAUUUUAAAAAUUUUUUUUGCAAAUUUUGAAGGAAAUAUUUGUUUAACAUCUGAUAUUUGGACAUCUUUAACUCACACUGGUUUUUUAUGUAUAACUGCUCAUUACAUUGAUAAUGAAUGGAAAUUAAAUAAAAGAAUAAUUUCAUUUAAAUUAAUAAAUGCUCCACAUAGUGGUAAAAAUAUAGCAACUUUAAUAAAUGAAGAAAUUAUAAAUUUAGGCCUUCGUGAUAAAAUAUUGACAGUAACAUUAGAUAAUGCUGCUAAUAAUGAUGCAACAAUAAAUAGACUAAAACUAUAUUGGCAAGUAAAAGAUGAUCAUGCUAAAAUAUUUCAUGUGCGUUGUUGUGCACAUAUUUUAAAUUUAAUUGUAAAGGAUGGAUUAAAAAAUGUUGAUGAUACAUUGGAAAAAAUUAGAGGCAUUGCAUAUAGUAUUAAUAGUUCUCAAGCAAAACAUGAAUUAUUUUUUUAUUGUUGCAAAAUGUUAAAUAUGAAAAGAAAAAAUAUAAAUUUGGAUAUGGCCAUUAGAUGGAAUUCCACAUAUAAACUUUUACAAAAUAUUACAAAAUAUAGAAAAGUAGUCGAAUUAUAUGAAAUACAAUUACUUAACAAUGAUUCUGAUGCAGAUAUUUAUACAUUAAGUGAUUAUGAUUGGCAUGUUGCGGAUCUUUUAAGAGAUCUUUUUGAAAUUUUUGAUACUUCAACAAACAUUUUUUGUGGUGUAUAUUAUCCAACUUCAAAUCGAGUUAUUAUGCAAAUAACUAAUAUUUUUAUUGUACUUCAAAAAUAUUUAAGUUUUGAAAUAUUUAAUGAUACAAUAUUUGCAAUGAUAGAAAAAUUUAGAAAAUAUUGGGGAGAAAUACCUUUAAUUUUUUAUAUUGCUUUAAUUGUGGACCCUAGAUUGAAAUUUGAAGCUUUGGAUGAAUGGUUAACAAUUAUUUAUUUUAAUGACCAAAUAAAAAUUGAAGAAAUUAAAAAUGAAAUAAAUUCAUUAUUAUAUAAUUUAUAUAACUAUUAUAAAGAAAAAUAUGGUAAUGAUAUUAAUACUAAUAAAUUACCACCUACAUCUACAAACUCCUCAUCUUUUUAUAAAGGAGCUCUAGAAAUGUUGAAAAGUCGAAAAAAGACAACAAAUAGUUCUCCAAAUAAUACAUCUGAUUUAGAUAAAUAUCUUAAUACUGAUAUAAUUCCAUUUGAAGAUCAAGAAGAUUUUGAUAUUUUAAUAUGGUGGAAAUCACAUCAACACAAAUAUCCUGUGCUUUCUAUAAUUGCUCGUGAUGUACUAACAGUUCCUGUGAGUACAGUUGCAUCAGAAGCUGCUUUUAGUGCAGGUGGAAGAGUUAUUAGUAAAAAACGAUGCAACUUAGCGCCAGACGUUAUUGAAGCAGGGAUAUGUGUAAAAGAUUGGGAAAUUGCAGAAAAAAGGAUGUACGAUUCCAUUCGAGAAACAGAGAUGCUUGCCGAUAUGGAAUCUUUAAAACUAUCAAGAUCUUCAUGGAUGCAUGAUAGUUCGCCAUCACCGCCAGAAAAUAAUGACUAAAUGUAUAUUAUAUUUUUAUUUUUAUUUUUUGUGGUUGAAAAAUACAAAUGAUUGACAAAUAAAUAGGUGCCAACCUAGUUGGGAUGUAUUUAUUUUGUAGUGAUGUAAAAUUUUCCCACAUUUUUAAAUGUAAUUAUACAUUCAAUGAAUAAAAUUUUGAAAUGAAUAUUUUUUUUAA